GGCGCCUCCUCUCUUCGGGAGUUUUCUCGAGUUUUUCUUCUGAGAUUUCGUCCUCUGAAACUCCACUUGCUCGUCUCCUCUACAAGUUUUAUAUUUCGACGAAAGAACAGGCGAAUCAAGUUUGCUGCGUGAAUAUGAGCCCUGGUGGUUAUACGGUCGAAGUGACGGGCUUGUCUCCUAAAGCCGAAGAGAAAGAUGUCCUCGAUUUCUUCGCUUUCUGUGGCCCAAUCGAGCUCGUUGAGAUUAUUAGAUCUGGUGAAGAUGCCUGCACUGCCUAUGUGACAUUCAAAGAUGCUUAUUCUCAAGAGACUGCUUGCUUACUGAGUGGUGCAACAAUUGUAGAUCAACGAGUGUGCAUAACACGGUGGGGACAUUUUGAUGAUGAAUUUGGUUUCUGGAGUAGGCCUUCCGGUUACCAUGAAGAAGACAGUACUGCUUCGGCACAAAGAAGUCAGUUUAUUUCGAGCGCUGGUAACGCAGUGACCAUGGCCCAGGAAGUAGUCAAAACCAUGCUGUCCAUGGGUUACGUGCUGGGCAAAGAUGCAUUAACCAAAGCCAAAACCUUUGAUGAAUCUCAUCAGGUCUCAGCAACCGCAGCAGCUAAGGUAGCAGAUUUGAGUCAUAGAAUUGGUCUUACUGACAUGAUAGGUGCGGGUUUUGAAGCAGUUAAAACCAUGGAUGAGAAGUACCACGUAUUGCAGACCACCAAAUCAGCUAUAUCAGCCACAGGAAGAACAGCUGCUGCCGCUGCCGAUACCGUGGUCCAAAGUGGCUACUUCUCUAGGGGAGCUCUUUUCGUGUCCGAUGCCCUGAAUCGAGCAGCCAAAGUUGCUGCUGACUUGGGUAGUCGUGGUGUUGAGCAUUAAUGGAUUGUUGAUUGUCUAACUGGGAGGCCAUAUGGAUGUCUGCUUGAUUCGGGCGCAACAAGAAUGAAGUCCCGCAUGCAAUUUCAUGAUGUUGCCGCCUUGGAUAGUUUCUUCCAGCUGUAAUUGUCCGAGGCUUGCAACUCGCUCCAUCUGGCAAUAGCUCCCUGCAAGUUACAGGUCGGUAUGCUCUUCAAUUUUCUGCUGUGGACUGUGGACUGUGGUCUCAUCAAGUAGACAUCGAACAUGCAUUUGUAUUAUAUGAUUCUUGGCAUUUAGGCAACACGAGGGACAAACUCGAAUGUUAUAUCUAAGCUGUUAAUUAAUCGAUCAAGUCUCGGCCAUAACA